AAUCCAGCUGCUAUCAGGAACCGCAAAACAUACAGCAGACAGCGAGAAUCAGCAGGAUAUUUUAAUGGUUUUACGAUUUUUUAAAAAGCUGAUGAGAUGGACCACUCGAUGGGAGACAGAAGGGAUGACCCACAGACUGAGUUUACCUACUGCUGUGGAGCCGCCACGGAGCUGCUGAAGUUCGGCUGCUGUCAGUUGCGACCCGGACAUAAAGUUCUGUUCCUCGUCAUCCCAGGUAACCCAGGUGUGGUGGGCUUCUACAGAACAUUCAUGAAGACACUUCACAGUGCGUUGGGAUACCGGUACCCUGUGUGGGCUGUGAGCCACGCUGGCCACUGUGCACCACCGGACUGCAUGGACAUGGUGGAUGACGCCUCAGCAGCAGCAGAGGAUGACGUGUUCGGUCUGAACGGGCAGAUUGAGCACAAGCUGGCCUUCCUCAGGAAUCACGUUCCCAGAGAAACCAGCUUGGUUCUGGUGGGACACUCCAUCGGUUGUUACAUGAUCCUGGAGAUGAUGAAGAGAGACCCUGAACUUAAAGUCCUGAGGGCCGUCAUGCUGUUUCCCACCAUUGAACGGAUGGCUCAGACUCCGCAGGGGAAGGUGAUGACCCCCGUGCUGUGUCAGAUGCGUUAUUUGGCCUACCUCCCUGUCUUUCUGCUCUCUCUGCUGCCGGUCAGUCUCAGAGCAGGACUGGUCAAACUGGUGUUUCGUAGCGUCCCCUCUCUGGACUGCUGCAUUGUCCAACCCACUGUGGAGCUACUCAGUGGAGACUGUGGAGCCAAUUCCAUGUACCUGGGGGGUCAGGAAAUGAGAAAAGUUCUGGAAAGAGACAAUAUGACCAUCAAGAAAAACCUUGACAAGCUUAUUUUCUAUUAUGGAGCUACAGACCACUGGUGCCCUGUGAAGUACUUCCAUGACAUCAAGCAGGACUUCCCGCAUGGAGACUUCAGACUGUGUGAAAAAGGCUUCCGCCACGCCUUCGUCCUGGAUGCAGGGCGGGAAGUCGCCAAAAUGGUGGUCGAAUGGAUCCGCGGAUGUUUGAGGACAUGAAAUGACCUACCUCUGUCCAAACACGAAUGACCAGAACCGCACUGGAAGUCCAAACCGGGAAUUAAUACUCCUGACUACUGAAUACUACUGACUUUACUAGCACAGAUCAUGGAGCUUGUUUGGAUGAAGGUGUAGUUUUAAAAAGCAAAAUUAAUAUAUAUAUAUAUGUGUGUGUGUUUACAUGCUGAUUUGUAAUUAACAUGAACAGACUAAAAUCUGAUCUGAUUAAUUUAACACAAAGCUCUAAUCAAACGGUCGUAUUCAGCAUCAUCUUCCACAGAUUAGGAGGAAACUCUAAAACUGAGCUGUAGCACUUCCCACGUUUGUAGAUGUGACGUUUUUCUGGUGUGCAGGAAGACAAACAUCUGAAUAACUCAAGUAAAAUAAGCUUUUCCUAUCAUUUAUUUAUCAAAAUGAUCAGUGUAUGUGAUUCUCCUGCAGCAUCAGACACUCACAUUGUUUUCUUUAGCAGGAAAAACUCUUUUUCCAGAAGUUCACUGAACAUCUCAGACGUUUAUUGUUCGCUGCCUCUCCAGAAGGUUCAGGGAAAACUUUGCUGACAUCUUUUAAGUAAUCUGCCAUGAAACAUUCCUUAAAUUCUUUCAGUAAGAUUUAAAUGUGGUCUUUUAGUCAACAUUUCUUCUUUGUGAGAUAAAAAGAUGAAUGAAUGUAAGAAAAUCUCUGUCCAUGUGCAUGUAUGUAUGUUUACUGUAUGCAGAGGUACAGGUGGUUAUUCUAAGUUUCAAUAGUGAGACACUGAAAUUUGUUUCAGCUCAACGAUGUUUUAAUAAAAAUUAUAAAGAUUAUAUAGAUAUAAAGAUUAUUUUAAAUGUUUUCUAUUAUUUGACUUAUAUAUGUAUGUGUGUGUCUAAAAUCCAGUCCAAUGAUUAAUUGUAAUAAAAGACAACGGUAUAUGUAAAAAUUA